AUGAUUGCUCUUCCUGUUCCGCCUGUAAAGACCUCGCCCUCUUUCAUGUCUCAAUUUUUCUCCGCCUCCGUUCUUGCUCCUUAUGCGAAUGUACGAAUCCUACUAUGGUGAAAAGCAUGCCUUAUAAAUAUUAAUUAGGUCCACGUAACUGGAGCACUAGGAAGGUUACCAAGCAACGUAAAUGUGACGUAGUUAAUAUUCAUGAGCUAAGCAGCGUUUGCAGUAGAAGCGCUUGUAUUGUACUUUCGCCGCUCUCUGAGUUAGAGGUGAAUUAUGCAGAUACAUAUAUUUUAAGUGAACGACAUUUAUUUUCGUUAAAUUCACCGCUGUGUGACGCUUGGUUCGUUGAUCUUCUCUCAUCAUUUCAGUUCACAUUCGUUUUACAAAUAUCCGCCAUUAAAAACUGAAUUGAAUGAAAAGUAAACACUUGUGAAAGAGAGCUCCACGUCCUAUAUUUCAAACGAUGUUUUUGUUAAAUAUGCAGACCUAAAAUGCCACCAAAGAAGAAAGGGAAAGGAAACGGCAAAAAGGAAAAGCCCAAAAAGAGCACUCCAGAAAAAGAUGAUGGACUUUCAGAGAAGUACCAGAGAAGUGUCUUAGACGUGGCUGUUUUAAAAGAACAUCUUGCCCUGAGGAGCAGUGUAGCGCGUCAGGCUACAGCGGUGAGAGAUGACUUGAAAAGUCAAAUCAGAGAUCUGGAGCAGGUGCUCAGUCAGGAGAGAUCAGACAUGAAGGACAUCGCUGCAGAUCUCAACCGUCAAUAUAAGUCCAUGGAAACAGACCUGCAGACUAAAGUGAACAGGCUUGAAGUGAGCGUUGACUUGCUUGAGACACAGCUCACCGAGUGUCAGGUUAAAUUAAAAUCGGAACGAGAGCGGCGAGAGAAGACGGAAGCAGAAAAAGACGCCAUCAUUUCUGACCUCCAAAGCAAACUGGACCGCAUGGAGAGUGAGUGUGAGAAGAUACUGCACGGCUGUCUGGACAGUUUGCUCUCUCACCUGGCUGAAACACGGCUGCAGUGGGAAGAACAGAGCACAGUCGUUCAUCAGGAAGUCAAGGACAUGCUCAGUGACUUUGGGAUUAACCCGCUUCACAUAUGAGGACAUCUUCAGUUGAGCACUGUGACCAGGACCAAGACAUCUGACCUUAGACAGGGAAGAAAUUGCAUGUAUAUUGCACAAGCCAUGCAGGGCUUUCAAACCGGCUCCAGGGAGAUAUAUAUAAUUUUUUUUUUUUUUUUUAAGAACUUGAUACUUUUAUUCAGCAAAGAUGCAUUAAUUGAUCAAAAGUGACAGUAAAGACAUGUAUAAUGUUACAAAAUAUUUCUAUUUUUAACUUUCUAUUCAUAAAAUAUUCCUGAAAAAUGUAUUAUGGUUUCCAGAAAAAAGCUGUUUUCAAUGUUUCUUCAAGCAAAUCAGCAUAUUACAGGGCCGUAACCUCCAUAGACACUGAGGGGGACAAGUCCCCCCCAAUAAUUAGAAAUGGCCAAAUUGUCCCCCCCAAUAUUUGAAAUUCUAACAAUAUAUUUAAUGCAAAUAUCAUUUGCAAAUAGUUCCAAAAAGAUUAUUUCUGGAGUAGAACUACAAUUAGACCUAGAAUUUCCUUCACUGUUCUGUUUCUUUAUGCUUUAUAAAAAUAAAAUAAAUAAAUAAAUAAAUAAAAAUGUUCAAGACAUGGUUAUGGCCUUGGCAUAUUAGAAUGAUUUUUGAAGGAUCAUGUGACACUGAAGACUGGACAACUGGAAUUCAGCUUUGCCAUCACAGAACUAAAUUACAUUUUCAUUGUGUUUUAGAUCAAAUAGCUGCAGCCUUGGUGAGAGAACUUCUUUCAAUAACAUUAUAAAUGUUCAGAUAGUUGUCAAUACUGUUCACAUUUUGAAUUAUGAAAUAUAAUGACCAAUUUUACCAUACCUGGUAUUGAUGUAAUUUGAGAAAGCGUUGUGUUUAGACUUUGGUGUUUGGGCCUUAUUCAUGAAACCAGCAGAAUUAAUUUCUAUGCAAGCAAUUCAUCAGUGAUUUGCAUGUUUGAACAGGACAAUUUAUGUAGAAAAUGGUUUUACGUAAAAUGUAUGCAUUUGUCUUGCCAGUGUUUCAUGAAUGAAGCUGUUUACAGCACACUGCAGUUCAUUCUUGUCACCAGCCGGUGUCUCUGUUGGCCUAAUUUUCUGUCACUCUUCUAAUGGCAAUUUAAAAUUGUUUACAUGUUUAAAUUGAACUCAAAUCUAAAAUGAUUUUAAUAAAAUAAUUAAACAAA